AUGGCCAUAGAUCCCAACCACACCACCACUACAGCCACUGCCGCCAUGGCCACCACCACAGCCACCUCCACUGUCCCCACAACCACCACGAGACCUAUAAGACCCAUAUCAUCUUCUCCUGUUCCGCCUAAUCUGUACCCAAGCCAAGCCCUCCCAAUUCGAACCCAAUCACCAUCAGCAUCACCAGUAGCAGCAGCAGCACAUCACAAUCAGGGGGUUCUUUACCCAGUGGCUUCUUCAGGCCGAGGCUUCAUUCCCAGGCCCAGUUGGCCCGCCACUGCCGGAGGCGAACACACAGUCACUGUGGCCAACGCUGGAGGAGGAGGAGCUGGAGCUGCCUACCCAUCUCGGCCCUUACUCAAUUUCCCUCCUCAGCAGCCUAUUUCACUGCAAUUGAUAAGACCCACCUACAACUUGGCACCAUCUCCUCUUCCUCCUCCGAUUAAGGGCCUUCCCCUUUCUUCAACUCCCGAGGUUGCUCCAUCUUCAGUGCCUGACAGCAAUGGUUUUAAAGACAUCAGGGAUAAAAGCAGAGAUGAUAACUUAGCUGUCAUUAGAGGUCGAAAAGUCAGAAUGACAGAUGGAGCUUCUCUAUAUGUUCAUUGUCGGUCAUGGUUGAGGAAUGGAGUUCCUGAAGAAUGUCAGCCACAAUAUGGCGAUGCUGUAAGGUCUCUUCCAAAACCAUCACCUAUACCUAUGGCAAGUGCUACUUUGCCUAAGAAGGAGGAAGGUGAACAAGAAAAAGAAGGAAAAAAAGAUGAUAAUGAGGAUGAGGAUGAGGAGUACAUUCAACGCUCAUCACCACAUGAUCUGUUAAAAAGACAUGUCAAACGUGCCAGAAAAGUUCGAGCACGGUUAAGAGAAGAACGCUUAGGGCGAAUUGCAAGGUACAAGUCUAGGCUUGCUCUUCUCCUUCCUCCUUUGGUAGAACAGUUCAGAAAUGAUCUAGCUGCUGGAAACUGA